AUGGAAAUCUCUCUAAAACUAAAUAUCGAUACGGUGAAAAGUGUUCCGUAUCUGUACAAGUCGAAAACCGUAUCAAGUAGCGGUUUCAAGGUGAAUAAAGUAUCAUGCAGAGUGAAGGAGAUGGGAACGAAACAAGAGAGAGCCAACUUCUAUGAACUACUUUCUCUCAACUCCAAGGAAAAUGUAGGGUUUGAAGAAAUUAAGAAGGCUUAUAGAAGCAAGGCUCUCGAAUAUCAUCCUGAUGUCUGUCCUCCAUCGAACCGAGAAGAAUCGACGCGAAAAUUCGUGGAGAUUCGGAAAGCUUACGAUACCCUUUCUGAUCCGGCUUCCCGACAAAUGUAUGAUUAUGAGAUGAGUUUAGUUGAUUCCUUCGGAGGUAGCUAUCUUUAUGAAGGUAAAAGAGACGGAUUUUCGAAGAAAGUGUGGGAACGACAACUCAGUGGACUUAGAAAACGGUCUCUGGAUAAAUCAGAGAAGAAAAACUCGUUUGCCUUAUAA